AUGAAUAUGAAGGCCUCGAAAUACGAUCCGGAAAUCGAAGCUGUCGAGCUGGGCGGCAUGCAGAAUCGAGCUGCGGCGCAUCGCUCCAAUAGCAAUAGCGACAAUAAAGACCGGGAUGAUCUGAUACGACUGGGAAAGAAACCAGUGCUUAAACGGAAUUUUGCUUUUAUGUCCAUUCUCGGAUUUAGCUGUACUAUUCUGAUUACCUGGGAAGGAAGCUUAACGGUGUUCAUCAGUGGACUUCAGAAUGGCGGGCCGGCUGGAAUUAUUUAUGGGUUUCUUUUGAUCUGGGUUGGGAACUUGUCGGUUUUUUCUACCCUGUCUGAGCUCGUUUCUAUGGCUCCUACUUCAGGCGGCCAGUAUCAUUGGGUUUCUAUGCUUGCUCCUCCGUGGUGCUGUAAAUUUCUGAGUUAUCUCACCGGCUGGAUGACCGUCACCGGUUGGCAAGGUGUCGUUGCUUCGGGGGGUUAUCUUACUGGUACUCUGAUUCAGGGAUUGAUUGUGUUGACUGUGCCCUCGUACGCUGCUUCGGAGACGGCAUGGCAGGGUACAUUAUUAUAUUGGGCGGCGAUUUUCUUUGCCGUCUUCAUCAAUACGGUUGUUAGUAGUUCACUGCCGAAGUUUGAAGGCUUAAUCCUUGUGUUGCAUAUUUUGGGAUUUUUCGGUAUCUUGGUUCCAUUGGUUAUACUCGCACCGCAUGAUACCGCAAGUAAUGUGUUUGGUGGUUGGCUUAAUGGGGGUGGUUGGCCCAGUCAGGGAGUGUCAUUUUUUGUUGGAAUCAUUGGGAAUGUCUUUGCAUUUGUUGGUGCUGAUGGAGCAUUCCACAUGUCAGAAGAAAUCCGCAAUCCCUCUCUAGUAGUACCAAGAUCCAUCAUCCUGAGCGUCAUCCUAAAUGGAAGUCUGGGAUUCGCAAUGAUAAUCGCACUUUUGUUCUGUCUUGGAGAUAUCAACAAUGCUCUAUCCACCGACACCGGAUAUCCAUUUAUCGAGAUUUUUCUCCAAGCGACAAGAUCCAGAAGUGGAACAGCAGCUAUGGCUUCAAUCGUUACCAUUUUGACUCUUUGCGCCACAGUCGGUAGUCUGGCUUCGACUUCCCGUAUGCUUUGGUCUUUUGCUAGAGAUCACGGUGUACCUGGUUGGAGAACCCUUCAAAAGGUCGAUAGCCGCACGACCAUUCCUCUUUGGUCCAUUGCUGUCACUACUGUCAUCUCAUGUCUACUUGCACUGAUCAAUAUUGGAUCCGCAACCGUGUUCAAUGACGUAGUAUCUCUAUCAGUAGCAGGACUCUACAGCUCGUACCUAAUCUGCGCUGUUCUCUUAUUAUACCGACGACUCACGGGAGGCUUCCAAAAGCUUGAUGAGAAUUCCGAAGAGCCCGUUUUGGACCAUGGCACAUCCCCGGUUUAUUCGGCAUCAUCAACAAUUCCUUCGCGGUUAUCUAUCUAA